ACAAUAUUUGUUAGCGGUGGGCAUAGGGUUGUUCUUUCAUUCAUUUAACGCACCUUCUAUAACUGAUAUGCCAUUUUGACAAGGGCUAGCGUACACGAUCUGCUGGUUACUUCAAGAACCCAGAAAAGACUAACAAGGUCUACAAGAAUGGUGAGAAGUGCAUGUGCUAGUUUUACUUGGGAGAUAUAGGAACAUUUCAUCAUGAUGGAUGCCUUGAGAUCAUGGAUAGGACGAACUUCAGGAUGGAGAAUAUAUAUCCCUAGGGAAGGCCGAGGCAGCCCUACUGUCGAGAAACCCUUGAGAAGUGGGCCAAAGAAGCUGGCAUCAAUUAUGGGGACUUUUCUCAGCUAUGUGAAAAUGGUGAAACCAUUAGUGAGUUUUCAAGAUAGCAAAAGAUGCAAAGUUACAAAAAGUUCCUGGCAAAGGUAUGUUGGUACAAGAUCCACGGACCCCAAAGUCGGGAGGAGCGGCUGCUUCUGCUUUAAAGCUAAGAAGGGAAGAAGGCAAGGCAAAAAUUCAAGAACGAACUCGAACAGCUAUACAGGUUCCUUUUCUCUCUCGUCCUCGAGCUCAGUCAUGGCUGAAGCUUCAAGGAUUUUCUAUUCUCCGCUUGUUCCCAACUUCCGUCCGCUCCAGAAGACGCAUUCAACCAAGCCCUACACAGCAUCUUUUCGCAGACAUUCGAUCAAUUGCUCUGUCUCCACAAGUGACAGUGCUAGAGUGGCAGCGACCGGCCCGAUUCCAUGGGGUUGCGAGAUCGAUUCGCUGGAGAAUUCUUCUGCUCUACAGAAAUGGCUGUCGCAGUCUGGUCUCCCUGACCAGAAGAUGGCGAUACAGAGAGUGGAUGUUGGAGAGAGAGGACUUGUGGCUUUGAAGAAUGUUAGGAAAGGGGAGAAAUUACUGUUUGUGCCGCCCUCGCUCGUUAUUUCCGCAGACUCGGAGUGGAGCUGCCCCGAGGCUGGGGACGUGUUAAAACGUAAUUCAGUACCAGAUUGGCCACUUAUUGCAACCUACUUGAUUAGCGAAGCAAGUUUAAUGAAAUCAUCAAGAUGGAACAACUAUAUAUCAGCCUUACCUCGGCAACCUUAUUCACUUUUGUACUGGACACGUGAAGAGCUAGAUCGAUAUCUGGAAGCAUCAGAAAUCAGAGAAAGGGCAAUAGAAAGGAUCACAAAUGUUGUUGGAACAUACAAUGAUUUAAGGGACAGAAUAUUUUCCAAAUAUCCUGAAUUAUUCCCUGAGGAGGUAUUCAAUAUUGAAACUUUCAAGUGGUCAUUUGGGAUUCUUUUCUCCCGCUUGGUUCGGUUACCUGCAAUGGAUGGAAAGGUUGCAUUGGUUCCCUGGGCUGAUAUGCUGAAUCAUAACUGUGAGGUGGAGACUUUCUUGGAUUAUGAUAAAGCAUCCCAAGGCAUUGUCUUCACAACAGAUCGAGCAUACCAACCAGGUGAGCAGGUGUUCAUUUCUUAUGGCAAGAAAUCUAAUGGGGAGUUGUUGUUGUCAUAUGGUUUUGUUCCAAAGGAGGGAACCAAUCCUAGCGAUUCUGUUGAGUUGUUACUCUCACUAAAAAAAUCUGAUAAAUGUUACAAGGAGAAGCUGGAAGCACUGAAAAAGCAUGGAUUAAGAGCAUCCCAGUGUUUUCCUAUUCAAAUCACUGGCUGGCCUUUAGAAUUAAAGGCAUUUGCUUAUUUAGCUGUCAGUCCACCAAGUAUGAGCAAGCAGUUUGAAGAGAUGGCUGCUGCAGCAUCAAAUAAAUCAACAGCAACGAAGGACUUAAACUACCCUGAUAUAGAGGAGGAAGCCCUGCAGUUCAUAUUAGAUAGCUGCGAAAUGAGCAUAUCUAAAUAUAACAAAUUCUUGCAGGCAAGUGGAUCCAUGGAUUUGGACGUGACGUCACCAAAACAACUGAACCGUAGAGUAUUUUUAAAACAGCUAGCGGUAGACUUGUGCACGAGCGAACGAAGGAUACUUUUUCGGAGCCAAUAUAUUCUGAGAAGAAGAUUGAGAGACUUGAGAAGUGGUGAAUUGAGAGCUCUGAAACUGUUCAGAGGGUUUGGGAAACUUUUUAAAUGAUUGGUUGUUUGUGUGUAUAAAUAUCUCUGGACUGUUAGAUUGUGAACACGCUAGUCCUUACAGAAACUCGUGCCAUCCCGCCUCGCCGUGGUGGCAAUGCUUAGUUUCGUGCUCGAGAAUUAAGGAGGCUGGUCUAUAUAGAAAGUGAAACAGGCAAAAGAUCCCCCAUCACCACCACCACCUCUUGGUCUGUAUCAUCACAGUGUAAGUUCUAUAUUUUGUUGCAUGAGUAUUGAGUAUACUUGACUGAAAAUUUUGAUUUCUGGAGCUAGUUGCUUUU